AUGAAACUUUUGUGGUACUCAGCUGGUAAUAUUAUUUAUGCAUUAGGCUCAUUAGGUUAUCUUGCUAUCAAUACAGUCAAUCUGAUCAAUCGAAAUACUGUUGAUUCACCAGCUACUUAUAUUGUUUUAAUUAUUUUAGCUAUUGUUUUUGUUAUUGAUGCUUUACUUUAUACAAUAGAUUGGUUUGAACAACGUACAACAAAAACACGAUUAGAAUUAAUUGCUUGUAUACUUAAUGUUAUUGGUAGUAUAUUAUAUUUAAUAGGAGCAACUGUUUUUCAAAAUAAUAAAACAUCUACAAAUGAAUCUACUAAUUUAAGUGAUAUACCAGCAUUUGUAUUUAAUAUUCUUGGUAUGUUAGCAUAUCUUGCUGAAUCUAUUCUUGACUUUUUUAUACCACGCGUGUCUAAACAAACAUCAAAAUGUUCAGUGGAAUUUUUUGCACAUUUACUUAAUCUUGUUGGUAAUAUAACUUAUUUAAUUGCACAUAUUAUUCAACCAAUUAUAUCAUUUAUUGCUAGUUUUACAACAGCAUAUUUAAAUAAAACUACUGAUAUUAUUUAUAUUAUUAUUCGUCCUAUUCAAAUGGGUGGUGAUAUUAUUUAUAUAAUUGAUGCUAUACUAUAUAUUAUUGUUUGGAUGAAAGCAAAUGAACAUAUAAGAAGAAUUGGUACUACAUGGGUAGAACGUGCUAAUACAAAAAUAAGUGAAAUUGCUAAAAAAAAUAAACAAAAUGUAACAAAAUCAGAACAACUGCCAGAAUCAAUAGUUGAUAAUAAUAAUCAAAUUGAAUCAAAAAAUCAAACAAUAGAAAUCAUAUCUAAUCAAAUACCAGAACCAGUUAUUGAACAAGUAGAACCUUCAAUAGAAAAUCCACUUGAAGUCGAAACAAUAACGUAG